GUUUGAGCUGCAGAGCUGCUCGGGGCUCAGGAGGGGGGAAAUUGCUGACUGAAAUUGUUCUUUUGGUGCAAGCCUUGCCAACAAUGCCAGCGUUCCUAAAGAGCCUGGAGAGGUGUUUCCAGCUGAAAUCCUCCACCACCACCAUCGGGAGCCACAGAGGGGCUGACAUCGUCCUGCAGGCUGCAGGGGUAGCAGAUCGUCAUGCAGCCCUGGAAUUCUCCGCCUCAGACAACAGCUUCAUCCUUCAGGACUUCAACUCCCCCCACGGCACCUUUGUCAACAGCUGCCAGGUCCAAAACGCGUCGGUCAGGGUGAGGCCGGGGGACAUCCUGAGCUUCGGCGCCGCGGGAGCGACCUUCCAGCUGGUGCUGGAUGGGGCUGCCCAGAUGUCCUGUCCCCCCUUGAAGCGUCGCAUGGGGUGGAGUGGGCAGCUCCAGGUGGUUGCAGACCCCAAACCCUGGACUCCUGCGUCUCCCCUGUGCCUGCCCUCGCUGCAGGGGCAGCUUCCCCCCGGCUCCCUGGGCACUGGGAGCCCCAGAGCCCCCGGCCCCGUGCCCCAGCUGGUGCUGCCAAGGAGAGCUGCGAGCGCCCGGGACAGAAGCACAGCCAGUGCCACCUCUCUGGACACCUCCAGCAGGACCCCUGUGGUCAGGCCAGUCUCAGCCAGCUUCUCAGGUGAUGGUGCAAGCAGUGUGGGGAGAGCCCCUUCCCUGGGGGCUCCCGAGCAGGGUGAGAAGCUCCUGGAGAAGGAAAUGGGUCACCUUUUUGGAUUGGAAACAGAGUUAAAGGGGAAGGAUGGGCUGAUAAGAGACCUGCAGGAGGAGAUCGCAGCCAUGGCCAAGAAACUGGCCCAGGCAGCAGUGAGGAACGAGGCUGAGCUGACCCAGAAGCUGCUCACCUUCAACCAAGAGCUGGGAGCCCAAACAGAGGAGAUCAAAGCCCUGAGGGAACAGAUCAAUGACCUGAAGAAAGGCUCAAACCAAGUUUUCAGCCAUUCCCUCCAUGAAAGAGACCUGGAGAUCGGGAGGCUGCGGAGAGAAAGUGAGAAGUGGAAGAGGGACCAGGCUUUGACUGCAGGUCUGGUGAGCAACAUGCAAAGAGAACUCCUGCAAAAGGAGCAGAAAAUCCAGCAGCUCCAGCAAGAGACUGAAAAACUGAAUAAGGAAAAUCGAGAGAAGGACAAUCAGCUGGCUUUGGUUUCAGCCAAGAGCUCGAGAAUUAAAGCAGAAACAAGGCGUGAACUCGGAGAGCAAGAACUCAUCUCCUGUAGAAAUCGCCUCGAGGAGCUGGAGCGGGACUUGGAGGGGCUGCAGGGGGAGAUCCGGAAGCAUGAGAGCGUCCAAAAGCAACUGGCUGAGAAAAUCAAGGCAGAGGAGGAGCUGAAGGCAGCCUGGGCCCAGCAGGCAGAGCAGCUGCAGGAGAUGGGGCGCAGGGAGCGCCUGCUGCAAUCUGACGUGCAGAGAGCUGGGGAGCAGCUGGAGUCCUUCAAGACCCGAGUGAUGCAAGUCUGUUGUCCAUCAGCAGCUGGCAGCACAGGGAAACCUGUAACAGAGCAGCAGGUGAUAGAGAAGGUCAGGCAGAUCUCUGAUGAGAACCAGCAAAGCCAUGAAAGAGAGAAGAGUCUGCAGAAGGAAUUAAGCUCCAGGCUCGCAAAGGAGAGAGAGGUGUCUGCAAGCAUCGAGGUGUUCAAGAGCUCCCUGCAGAAGCUCCAGGCUUGCCUGAAGAGGCCCUGCAGCAGUGCCAGCCUGCGAGGGGAGCUGAGGCAGCUGGAGGUGUUGUGCCUGGAUCCCUCUGUCUCAGCCAUCAGGACAGCAGUGGUGGACAUGGCACAUGGUCCCCUGUCCUGGCUGGAGGGUGCAGAGCAGCUCCUGGACAGCGCAGGGAUGGACCUGCACACCUCUAGCAAAGGGCUGUUGGCUGCUCUCGGGAGCUUGUUGGAAAAGAGUCAGGAGAUGGCACAGAGGAAUCAGAUGUUGCAGGAGCAAUUAGAGAAGCUCCAGGAGCUGCAGGCAGAGCUGCUGCAGGAGCACACAAAGGAGCUGGAAGCAAACCAUGAGCAAGACUUACAGAUGAAAAUCCAGCACAUUAUCCUGGAAAAGGACAAGGAGAGCAGACAGAUUCUGGAAAGCGCCGUCACUGAGGAGAAGAACAAAUGCAGGAAGGCUGUGGAGGAAGAACAGAAGAAGAUCCAAGAGUUGGAAAGGCACCUAAGAAGCGUGGCUGAGGCAGCAGCAGAGAAGGCAGAGAAGCAGGAACUGACAGAGGGAAAACUGAGAGAGGCUUUGCACGAGCUGAAGGAAGUCACUGCACAAAAGGCAGUGUUACAGCAGCAGAACCAACAGCUCAGGGCUGCCCAGGAGGAAAAUGAGUUGCAGAGGCAGAAACUGCAAGAAGAGGUAGCAGGAUAUAGGGAGCAGAGCAAGCAGCAUUCCCUGACCAUCUUGGCUUUAGAGGACAGGCUGCUGGAGGCCACUCAGCAGCAGAAGGUGCUGGAGGAGGAAAAGGCAGCACUUGUGGAAAAAAUGGAAGGACUUCAGUGUGAUGCCCACAGCUCAACACCGGGAGCUUGGCUGAAGAUUUGUCCUGCCAUGGAGUCUCAUGCUUGUCUGAGAAAACUGCAGGAGGAGCUGGCAGUGGUGCAGGGCACACUCCUGGAGAAGAAGGCAGUCAUCAGCAGGCUCAGCAGGGAGCUGUCAGAAACCAGAACCAGGAUGUCAGACAUGAGAGGGGAGCUGAGUGAAGAGCAGAAGGUGGAGCUGGAGCACAGCCAGAAGCAGCUGAAACACCGGGAGUGGGAAAUGAACCAGCUCAGAGAAAAGCUAUCCGAGAUGUCCAGCCUUGUGGAGGAGAAGGAUCGGGCCCUGAAAGCAGCAGCUGAAGAGUUAAGCCAAGCCCAAAGGCGCUGCCGGGUGCUGAGGGAUGCUUCCCAACAAACACUGGAGAACAAAGGGGACGCUCCCAGGACACCAGUGCAGGAGCCCCCAUCAGACUUGGCUGAGCUCGGUGCCAAGUGCCAAGGCCUCAGGCACGAGGAAACGAUCCAGCGCCAAAAAGCAGGUCUGGCCGAGCUCCGGGAGAGGGUGAAGGUGCUGGAGAACAGACAGGGCUCAGGUGCUGUGAAGAGCAAUUCAGAGCCACUGGUGGUCCAGAUGAAAGACUUACCAGAGAAAAUAGUCCAACAAAGAGGUCUUGAGCUGGAACCUGCUUCUGUGUUGGGAGAAAAACUGCAGGCUGGCAAGUACCUUGAUGUGAUCGGUGCUCUGGGAAGCCUGGUGGAGAUGAAGGAGCUGUCAGGAAUGCAGCCUCUGCACCUUCCUCAGGAGAGAAGGGCAGAAGUGGGACUGCAGAGACAGAAUGCCCUGGAGCUGUUGUACAAAAAGAUCAGGAACCUCCAGGUUCACCUGGAAAGGAAAGAAGAAGUGCUGAAAAAUUAUGAGGGAACUGUGGAGCAGCUCAGGCAGAGCCAAACUUCCCUGCGAAGGUGCCAGGAGGAGAUGUCCAGGCUGGAAGAUGAAGCCCACAGGGAGGCAGAGGAGAAGGCUCUGCUGCGAGAGGCUCUGGAGAGGACACAGCUCCAGCUGGACCAGGAGAAGAGGCUGCAGCAAGUGGCCAAACGGCACAAGCCUGGAGCCACAAAGACUCUGCUCAGGCCAGCCGAAGGCCGAGGAGUGCAUGGCAGAUGCUGUCAAAUCAGGAAGCUCAUAGGAGCAGCACCACGGGGACCUUCACUAGGUGGUGUUUGCAGUAGGAACAGUCAUCAGUGUGGGCUCUGAGAGGGUGGAGGUGGCAUGAGGUGAGGGUGCAUUUUGAGGAGCUCCUGGGCAUACUGGUGUGACUCUACGAUGUAGGACCUUAUUUUCCCACAGUCCAUGUCCCAUAAAGUGUGGCAGAAUUUAUGGCAGUGGAAAAGGUGGUGAGGAUAUACCCAGGGCACAUGUGUGUGUAUUUGUGUGUGUGAAUACAGCCCUGGGUGUGUGAGGUCAGUUGUGGGGAGUGUGUCCUGUCCUUGCUGAAGUGGCCUCAAGCACAGCGAGCAAUCAUGGCUCGAAAUAUCCCUUGCAACUCCUAUAUCUCCAUCAUGUCACAGGGAAACUGGAACAUAAGGCAUGAUGUAGGACGGAAUUCUGGAGUUCCUGGAACACCCCAGGAAUGCUGGACCUGCCACCGAGGAAGAGGGAAGAAGAGGACCUCUGUCAGCCACACCAGUACUACAGGAGCACGAGGACAAGCUGGGGAGAUGAGAGCAAUGUGCUGGUGGCGGGGGUGGGGUGAUGGCACAAGCUCACUUAUUGAUUUUUGUCCUUACUAAGGGCGAGAGCAGCCCCUGGAUUUUGGGAAGCAGCAGUGUUUUGGGGAGGGAGUCCCUGCAGGCGGUAUGCAGCCCCAGCACAUCAUCCCUGCAGCCAAUCUGCCUCAGCACCGCUCCGAGCAGUCCAUGUGCCGAGUCCUCUUCAGCUGAGCAUAAUUUGGAUGUGAGCAAAGCCCCACUGGGGUUUCUUGGUCUUUAUUUUUUAACAGGAUAAAAAAGGUCUGGAAGCAACACAGAGGGCUGCAGCAGGCUGAUGCAGGGCUGCAUCCUCUCUGGGCAGCGAAGCACCCACAUGUGCACAGUGGCCAGUCCCUAGUGGGGCCCUGGGCGUUGGUGUGGCCUGGUUUUCCUGCUCCAUGUGCUGGGAGAAGCCGGAUGCUUCCCUGUCUGUAUGCCUGGGUUUACUCUGGGGCAAGACAUGACCUUGUAUGCUUGUGUACAUUAAAGGUGCUGCCGUGGGCAUCCUCUGCAGGUGUAUCUGUGUGGAGAUGAUGCUGGGCUGCUCCAUGACUGUGUGUGUCCUCCCCAUGCCACCCUUGCCAAAUUCUGGGUCAGGAAUGGACGGAGUUGGCAAGAGCACAGGUGGUUGUGAGUGUACCACACUCCCCAUCUCCCCGUACCCUCCUUCGAGCCUAUGGACUCAUAGACAUGGGUUGGUUUGGGACCCUAAAGGUGGUGUUGAUUUAUUAAAAAGAUAUGGAUAUUGAUCUAGUAUCGAUAUCCAACUGUGACAGACAAAAACUCUCUAACAGUU